GAAAUAUCGCAUCAGCUGAUUUCGUUCGUGACAAGGCAACUCAACCAAAAACAUAACCUAUAAAAAUUGAACAUAAACAAAUCAAAUGGGCAAAAGCUGAGAUUAUUUAACAUUUUUGGCAAUAAAAUAAUUAUUAAAGUGAUAACACGAUGGCAUGGCUUCAAAAUUUAGCAGGACGCGCUGAAAACUUGCUCAAUAAAAUCGAUAAAAAUGCUGCCACCGUUUUAAAUGAAGGCCCCAAACAAUUUAGUGAGGACGAAGAAAAAGGAAUAGAUUACUAUUAUGAUCCAGAUCAGAUACGCGCUACAACUAUUAAUUUACCAGAGAUGUCUUCCCCUAGUCAAGAAACUGUAGUAGUAGAAAAACUAGCUGAUACUAUCACAGACGCCUUUGAAAUCCCAAAAUCAGUUACUCUUAUUGAUGAAAACAAACCAGAAAACUCAUCAAAAAGUCAUCACAGUUCAACAACCUCCUCCAAUUCCAUCCACAACAGUUUCAUAAUCACUCAAGAACUUGAUAAUUUACAAUCGAAACUGGCCAAACUCGAAUUGGAGAAUCAAGACUAUAAUAAGCAAUUGCUUCACAUACAACAUUUGUAUUCGGAAAUGCGCAAUGAAAACGCUAGCUUACAAUUUCAAGUUGAAAGAUUAAAUGAACAGUUGGCAUCUGCUCAAAAUGAAAAGGAACAGUACGUUGCCAGGGCUCAGAGGAUUUUGCUGGAAAAGGAAAAGCUGAUUAGUUUGAAACAGACUAGCAGUGAAAAUGAUCAAGAAAAUGAUAGUAGUAUUUUUGUCAAUUAUAAUGAGGAAUUAAAAAAAGAAUUGGAAUUCCAACAAGCAAAAGUGAGUGAAUUGUCGCAAAAGAAUUCAAAAUUAAUAACUGACAUGCAAUCACUUCAAAUGCAACAUCAAGUGAUCCAGCAAGGUUUAUUACAGUCAAACCAAACUCUAGAGCAAAAUUUAUUAAUUGAAAAAAAGCACAGGUCUGCAGCUGAAGAAGAUUGUGCUCAAAAACUAAAAGAUCUUCAAGCAAAAUGCCAAGAAUUGUUCUACACACAAGACCUUCUAAAAAAUUCCAAUGUAGAAAUCGUCAAACUGAAAGAAGCCUUGCAUAGAAAACAAGAACCAUCAGACAAUGAUGAGCUAGCAAACCGAAUUCAAUCUUUAACUCAAACUUUGAUGCUCAAGCAAAACAAACUGGAAACUACAACCACUGAAAGAAAUGCGUUGAGGUUGCAACUGGAAAAAUUGGAGAUGGAGCAUAGAAAGAAAAUUGCUGAAAUGGCAAGGGAUAAAGUGAAAAUAAUUAAUGUCCAGGAAACAAAUGAUGAUCGUAUUUCUGUACCUCGUUUUAUGAGAGUGUCGCCACACGAUGCUGGGGUCACCAGAAGGGUCAAGCAUGCCUAUUCUACUUUAGAUGCAAUCAGUGUUAGGACUGGCAUUUUUUUGAGGAGGUAUCCUGUAGCUAGGGUUUUUGUAUUUUCUUAUAUGGUGAUAUUACACAUUUGGGUGCUCACAGUAUUGUUAUGGUAUGUUCCUUCGAAUUAAGCAAAAAUUUUAUGAUUGUUAUCUUUUUAUUGUUUCACAAAUAUAACAUAUUUUUACCUAUUUGAUCAUUUUGUUUAUAGAAUCGUUUAAUUUAAAAGAUUUCAUUUCUUUUAAAAUUAAUGCUAUAUUAAAUCUCAUCAUGUGGAAUGCCUUUGGAUUUAAUUCAAUUGUAUGGAGUUUUCCAUUUUUCAGUUUUAUUGACAGGAUUAUGUUUGGUGGUGUUUUAUUCAAUAGGGAGCUGAAAAUGAUUAAAAAUACCUUCAUAUGCAUUAAGAAUGUGUAUGCUUACCUGUUGAAUAAACUUAUAUCUAUCCUCCAUUUGAUACUCGAAACAUUCUGAAAAAAAGCAUAAUGAGGAGCGAAAAAUGUAUCAACAAGCUCCUUGCGGUUAUUCACAAAUGGCAAACCCUCGACAAAUUCAUUUGGAAAUCCAAUUUCAACCAAAUUACUAAUAAAAUCCUUGUCCGAAGUACGAAUAAAUUGUUUUAUUAUUGCAAUGUAAAUACUUAAAAGGUCAUAGAGUUGUUCUUUUGGUAUAUUUUUCUCCAGGGAUAAUUUUUCGAGUGGCUUCAAAAGGGGUUGAGGUGUCGGUUGCAUAGAG